GAUAAUAAUAAUUGGUUAGAGAAUAAUAUCCAUGAAAUUAUUAAAUCAAGGCGAGAAGAGAUUAAGAAAACUCCAAUUGUUCAAAAAUUGAAAUCCGACAUGUUAACGAUGUUUUUAACGGUGAACACUGAGAGAGAUGUUACCGAAAAGAUCGCGGAUGAUCUUCAUGAUAAACCAAUGUCUGAUGAUCAGAUCAUACCUAAUUUUAUGGAAGCUAUAUCUGCUGGUACUAGUUCGGGUGGAAAUUCCAUAUGCUUUUUAGUUUAUUUCUUGGAAAAUUAUCCGAAAGUAAAACAACGAAUGAUAGAAGAAAUUGAAU